AUGACCAAUGAAGAGAAAGCAGAUAUCUUCGUACGGAUCAAACCAAGGACAAAUCCUAAUGAAGAAAAUCAAAGAAGAUGGAUUUAUUACCUCCAUCGUUCAAAGAUGUCGCAAUCAUAUUCGCAAUCCAGUCAGACAAGUCGUAGUAUUGCGUCCACAAGGAACAGUAUACUUAUCAAGCGUGCUACUGCAUCCAAUGAUCUCAAACCAUCAGAUAUCCUCAUCGAGCGAUUUCAGGUCUGGAAGUCGGUUUGUGAUACUUUGUUAACAUUCUUCAAAGGUGUCAAUCGUGUUGAACAAGAGACUUCAAACGAGCUUCACCGUUUGGGAAAUGCUGUCCAUGAAGUCCUACCGCUGAGAAGUAGCCAGUUUUUGGACGAAGGCGGUCUACAGGACAUCUUAUACGGUGUCCGAGAAAAUACUCGAAUCAUAGCUGAGGAGCACGAUGCACUGGCAAAGAUCGUCCAUUCCUCAAUCGUUCUACACCUCCAGAAACUCAAAACCGAGGUGAAACUUCACAUUCGUAACAUCAUAGAAGACACGGGUAAAUUGGCAACUUUGGUCGCUAGCGAGCGAGAGUCGUCCACUCGACUCAUCACAUCCUUGACACGUUCCAUUGCGUUUGCUACACACAGCCCUUUGAACCUUGAAGGCCGACAAGACCCAUGGCUUUGCAAUCAACUUGUAGUCGAACAACUUCGAAAACAAGUUCAAGAAGAAAACAUGCUACAGAAAAGUAUAUUGAUCAUGCAAACCAAUAGCGCUCAGUUUGAAGAAGGUUUAGUUCGUGCUAUCCAAAGUAUCUGGGCUGUUUACCACGAGUACAAUACUCGUAAAUCGGGUGAAGUGUACAACCGUUGGGCGAAUUCCGCUAAUUUGAUCGAUGCCAUCUCACCUACCACCGAGUGGGAAGCAUUCAGCUCUCGCGAGGACUGUUUGCUUGACCCUGAUACACCUCUUCGAAACCCUCAAAAGAUAAAUUAUCCUGGCAUGGGAGAUCCUUGUACAAUUCCGAUUCAUCAAGGAAUACUUUGGCGUAAAAAGAGAUAUACAAGGUCUUACGGUGAAGGCUAUUUUGUCAUAACACCAGCUGGCUACCUGCAUGAAUUUAAAUCAUCUGACAUAAAAAAAAGUUCAACACCAGAAUUAUCGAUUUUCUUACUUGAAUGUACUUUAGGAGCUCCAACUCAUUCUCAAUCACGUACACCAAAAUUCAAUUUGAUUCUUGGAAAAAAAUCAAAAUUCAAUCGAGAACAAGCUUAUACAUUUCGUGCUAAGAAUCAUGAUGAAUUAAUGAUUUGGUGGAAUGCUUUAAAAGAAUUAUGUAAAGUUUAUUUGAUCAGUUCUAUUCCUCAAGAGAGAGGUGUAGAUGUGCAGGCCGCGGUACGAGCAGUAGGUUAUGGACCCGAGGAGGAGGAGGAAGAAGUGUUUGAAAGUGAAGAAGAAAUUCACAAUCGAAUGGAGAGUGUGGAGAUAGUGCGGCUGGAAGCUCGCAGAGGUAGUUCUCAAGGAGAUGAGACUUCUACUCAUGUCAACGAGAGAUUUAGCUCGACAUUAUCAGCGUCUAGCACGAUUUCAGACAUACCAACUUACCAUACAAGCCUCGACCCCAGAAGUGAAGCCUGGUCUGCUGAUGAGGAAGAUGGCGCCUUGGAAGAAGAUUCUGAUUUACAUGUAAAGGAAGAACGCAAAGAGUCCCCCUCUGAGCUCCAAGCGGUUGUAGACUUCAAGGAAGAUAAAAUAUCAGAAACGUCUAAAUCCAAAAGUGAAAGUUCUGAUAUUACUAUGACUGGAAUCCUAUCAAGAUUUACUGAGAGCUUUAUCAGAUGAUAUUAAUCUUUCUUAAUCAAAUUUACUACACAUAUAUUACUUUUUUAAUCUUUGGUUGCUUCAUGUGAUAAUUUGUAUCAUCACAUCCACAUUUAAUCAAUCUUAACCUGUUUCUUUAUUUCUUUGUAGUUGUGAUCAUUUAUAAUCUUGAUCAGUUUUGAUCAUUCACAUGAACAAUUGUGCAUUUGUAACAUAAUCUUGAAAUUUUGUCCCAAUGUCUUUUACUAGGUUUCCAGGAGUGAGUAUGUUGCUUGAUUUUGAUGUGACUUCCUUUGAACUUC